UGGGCGGCAUGACUUAAUAUAUGCUCUCCGACGAGAGUGCAGUGCUACUGUAACGUACUGUUCAAAAGCAGAUUCAUUUUCCUUGAGCUAAACAACGUUCUUUUGAGAGCUCGUCUAACACGUCUCUCCAAUUGUCGACUUUUUCCAAGGAGGAAAAAGAUUGUGCAUACCGAUGGCUGAGUUACGACAAGAUCAUAUGGAGGAAGGACAGUCUCUGAACACUUUUUUUUCUUUUUUUGGAGUUUAUAGAAUAAGCAAGGUAAAAAACAGCCGUGACGCCAUUUCCCCUUAAGCGAACGUGACGUCCACCUGGGAGUAAACAAAGAAAGACAAAGGAUUGUGUAAUGAAUUAGCAACGAUCAAAGGCGAUGAUGGAUCAGGGUGUUGAUGGCGUCCGUGAUCUCUGCCCGGCUGUUGCCCACCACUUCCUUUCCACCAGCCCAAACAUAUUCGAUAUCGUAGCAGAGCUGAACAAAUUUGCACUUCUCCAGGGCAAGGACACGACUUGUCAAUUGAGCCUCCAAUUGUAUGCUUCCUUUAGAGCAUCUCCAGCACACAUGAUCUCUGCUCGAGAGAACACCUGGCUAGCAUUACUGGGAUACGCUGAAAUAAGUUGGAGGUCGGGAGAUCUGAGGAUAGUGACAGCGAUGGUUAUCGCGUACCCUCUUCAAUCUUGUCUGUCACCAUCCUUAGGGAUCGCUCUAGAAGGGCACCCUCUUAUCACACUCUUUAGUAUGCUUCUUUUCCUGCGCAAUAAAUUAGGAGAUGUCACGGAUGGUUUGAUAUUGUUGAGAGGGCAACUUCUGGCACUUAUAGUAGUUAGUCGGUCUUUGUCGUGCGGACAUUCGCACGUCAUAUCAUACUGGAGUACCGAAUCAAACAGUAGAGGUUAAGAUCAAAGCUUGAGUAGGGCAUGGAAGAGACUACCAGAUCUAUUAUACACUUCCUUAUGCUCCCUUAUAUCGCUUUGAUUCUGGAGGUGAAUCUUCCUCAUCUUGUG